UAUUAUUUGACACUGGGUAGCUGGGAACACCCUUUUUGUUUGAUAAGAGCUUUCCUCUACACUUCAGUACCCGAAAGCACCACAAAAGUGCUUCUCUUCAUCAGUAGCAUUUGUUUCUGUAAAGAAAUCAACGUCUUCAAUGGGUCUGCACAAUUCACACCCAAAGCUCUACCCAGGAGAUAUACUUGAAUUCCCUCGAAACAAGUAUUUCUCCCAGUUUGGAGUUUACUAUGGAGAAAGAGACAGUGUCCCCUAUGUUGCACAUUUAACAGGCAGAGACUCUGAGGCAAAGUUCCUGGUCUAUGGUCGGGCUUUGAAUGCCACUGUGAAGCUGGACCCAAUUGAUGUAGUUGGGAAAAAAUACAAAGUGAACAAUUACCUGGAUGAAAAGCACCCACCUCGAGACUUCUACUCCCACAUCAAGCCAGAGAUUGAAGAUGCAAUGACUAAAACCUUCACCUAUGAUAUACUGUUCCACAACAGUGAACACCAGGCAACACUAUUACGCUAUGGAGUCAAAAAGUCAGAGCAAAUUGACAAGGUUUACUCAAAGAUAGUUCGAACCUGGCGUGAACCCUUCCAGAAGAAGAAAUUUUGAUUCAAGUUCUACAAAUAACCACUUGGGGGCAGAAGUGAGACAUGCAAUAUUGUUGAACUGAAGCUCAGCAUGAAGACAAAGAAUUAAUGAGCGACUCAUUCAGUGUUGUGAGUUUGGAGAAAUCGUCCAUUUUGUGAUGCUGGAGAAAAGGGUAGACUUUAAGAAAAUGAAGAUUUGUAAAAUGAAAAACAAUAUUUCAGAUUUAAUAUUUCAGUUUUUACUUUGAACUGUUUCUUUUCCAAGCCACUAGGUUACAUUUCUACACAUUUCUACUUUCUCAAUGCUGAGGUGUAACAUUUCACUUCCUCUAAGCACUGUUGUACACUGUGGUAUUGUUUUGACACCUUUCCCUAAUCUGAAAUCUUCCAAAAUCUGACAAGCCCUUAAUAUAUUUUCUCUUUAUGAUUUUAAAUGUUUUUGUAUCUUGAAAUAAAGUUCAAUACAUAAUUAUUUACAUAAGCUAUGUGUAUAUUACAUCAGAAUAUAGUUUGUACUCCACAGUGCUUCCACAUUAUUUGUUAACAUUUUAAAUAUUUGUAUUUAUCAGUAGUAAGGAAGAAAGAUUUGCAGUAAAAGAACAGAAAGUAAAAGAGAGUUGCAACAUGACUUGUGUCCUGAUUAAAUUGUUGCUCAUUAUAAACACUUGGGUGUUAAAUUUGCUGGUGUGUUAUGGAAUAACUGUUCAAUGUAAAUGUAAUGUUCAUUUUUUUUUAUUGUUUUGUUAUCAUUGCCAUGUGUGGAAAAAACCAAUAGAAGGAGAAGAGAAGAAAUAUUCACUUUAAUUUGAAGCAUUUUAACAUUACAAGUUAAGCCUGCCGUAUAAGAAACGGUCAAAGAAGUCUAGUAGUUGGGCAUCCAGUCAAAAAAAUAAAAAAUAAAAUAAGACAAAAUUAAAGCAUUAUUUUAACUAUACACAUUUUUCACAACAUUGUAAAUAUUACAAUAUUGUAGAGUCUACAAUAAAACAAUACAUGUAUUUUACUCGUAUUUUCAAGUUGACGAAAACAAUUGACGAAACAAUUGAUUGAUUGUUGUGUCCCUCAUUUAACCAGUUUGUGUUUUUCACAAGGACUUUUAGAGGAGGUUGAAAUCAAGAGCUGUGUUAUUUAGACCCUGAAAUCCAAACAGCAGGAAACACAAAAGAUUUAAAGCUGUGACAUUCUAAGACUGACUGAUUUAUUGAUCUCUCUGGUUUGUGAUGUGGCCUAGUUAGAGCUGCAUAAGUCAAAGUAGCAUUGAGGUGAUAUAUGGCCUGAUUAUUUAAUGUCAUUAACAUUUCAUGUUUGCCUUUGCACUGCUUUCAGUCUACAUCCUGAUUGUUGUUACCACAUUGGAAUCUUUACUUUGUAGUUGUAUUGUGGUUUGUUUACUAAGUAUUUUAUUAAAAUUCUGUAUUUUGCUUUCAAGUUCUUGCAACUUUUUCAGCCUCUGAUCCAACUCUUCCCAUGGCCUAUUGACGUAUUUCUAUUGACGUUUUUUCUCUAUAGCUGUCUCUGACUGACACCACAAACCGGAAUGAUCAAUAGUCUAUGAUAAGAAUGAUAUCUUCAGCUCUACCUUUCCCUGUCUUUGAAUGUUUGGUGUUUUUACGUAUGUGUGUAAAUGCAAUCUUAUCCCCACCAGUUUUUUUACCCAUCCUAAUGUCAAGCCCUGAUCCUUCCCCUUUGUCAGCCACAGAUCCUGCUCCAUUGUCAGGUUGUCCUGUGAUGUCUUCCAAGGAUCAGUCAUGAACCCUAUUUCAUCUGACAGGGUCAAUCACAGGGCCUGUUUUGUUCCUGUUAGCUCAUCUUUGCCUUUCUUCCAUCCCUAAUAUUAGUCACAAUAUUUAGAUCAGUUUAUUCUGGCAGAAAGUAUGUCUAACAUACUAGGUUUAAGCAAGUCAUAUGGACCCUAUAAAGACAAAGACUUUUCUCUUAUCUGUUGAAAAGUUCUUCACAUGGAUAUUAAGAACUCAUAGGCUUCUGUGCUCUAUAGUGCUUUGAGGAGAUAAACAUAUACACCAGGAAAAGAUCAUUUUUACAUUUUCUUCUGAGUAGUUGCUACACAUUACUUGAGUAAACUCUAUUAUAAUCUGCCAAAACAGUUUCUGAUUCAAAAUGUUCUUUAUUAGUGCAGAGAAUACUGAAAAUUACUGAAGAGACUGAGCUUUUUAUCCCCUUUAAAGCCCACCAGCUUUGAAUUAAGCUUUCCCUCUGACUCUGUGAAAACCAACUGGCUUAAGCUUGCCUUUUGUCAACAGAUUUUUACAUAAAAAUACAAGAUUAUAUAAAGGAUAAAUAAAGCCAAUUAGAGAUGCAAAUGCCAACCCUGGUGCUCCUACUGCAGUUCAGGGUAACAGUCAGGGUAACAGUGGGAGGAAUGACUGCUGACAUCUGAAAGUGCAAUCAUGUCUGUACUACCUCCAGAUUUUCUUUUUUUAGUUAUGCUGUCACAAAUAGACCUGCUGGUUACCUUAUCAUACACCAUGUUGUGUAUGCUUUCAUCAUAUAUAACAAACUGUUAACUCUUUGUUUUGAACUUCAUGUGUCUCAGUGUAAUGAUGCUGCAGGAUACAGAUACACUCCCCAUGUUGUGACUGCUUCUUUGUCUGCAGUUGUUUGCACAUACAGUUCAAAUUUCUACUGCAAUUAAUUCUCACUUGAAUUGUUUAGAGACCUUUGUUUCCCAAGGUUGCCAUCAUAAUUGUAAGGUGUUGCAUGUCACCUAAACCUAAACAAUUACAGCAACACUGUCCUUGAGGUGGAAAUACACCAUCCACCAUCACAGGUAAAAUGCCCAUCACAGAUUCCCAAAUCUACCAUCAUAUGUAUAUAUUUUAAAUGACUACAUUUCACAUUUACUUUGUAUGAUCCACUGUAAUUCAUAAUCCAACAAAAGUUAAAUAGCAAAAUCUUAUAGGAAAAAAAAUUAUGCCAGCAUUUCCUUCUUUGCUGUCACCUUUGGCUUGUUGAUUAGAUCCCAAAUUUGUUUGUUCCUAAAAGAACUGUAUAAAUAAACGAACUAAUCUAAACUUACUAA